AUGGAGAAAGAAAUACGCGAGGCAGAUGCGGAAGGAACGACGCGGAAUGAAAAGUUGCAGGAGGUCGAUACCGUGCGGGAAUACGAUGACUUUUUCGAAGUGGAACAAUCUCUCGACUCGGCGGAAGAAAAAUCUGACGAAGAAAGGGAAUGGAAAGAGGGAAAAAAAUCGCAUAUACAAGAUUGGGAGAAAGAGGCGAAAAAUAAAAUCCGUAUAGAAAUGGAUGAUCCGUCAAUGCGAAGACGGAGAACUAUCUAUGAUCUCAACUCUUACGCCUCUUCUCGGCCGUCAGUGGGCGACAUUUGGAAAUUUAACACGACGCAGAUAACCACAGAGCCAUCGAAGAAAAUUCGAUAUUCCGCCUCGAUGGGAAUACCGGGAAUUGCGAGACUCGAUCUGUCGGCGCUGACGCAGAAGAUCGUCGGCUGCAUCAUUGGCGAAGACGUCACCGCGGAAUUUCCAUGGGUGCAUGUCAAGAAGGAUAUUAUAGAGGAUAAUAUAGAUUUACACUCUGAGAGCAGCGACUUCCUGCCGGUAAAGGACGAGGUUCACGCGUUUCCCGACGAAAAGGUUUUCAUCGGCUACGCGCCGUCCCUGUCUGAAGAGGGUCAAUUCUACAUUGUCCUCACCGAGGAGGGUAGAGACGCUAUCGUCAAGCAUAUACAGGAGCAAAGGGAGGAUCACGAGAAUCGCGUAAGAUACGCGAUCUAUAAAUCUCCUGGACAAUGGCACGACUUGGGAGGCGGUGCCGAGGUCGAUGCUAACGUUAUCAAGAACACAAGGCCGCUAUUCGAGAUUGAGGUUACAUCUACCGCCGAUUUGCUGAACGUUCCGGUAAAUCUAACGGACAGGAAGGCGGCCGAUCAGAGGGACGGAUAUGUCGAGCUGCUACCGGAUAACCGGCAAAUAUUUGAGAAUGUACGGCGUAAAUUGGUAAGCAGGUAUACGCAAGUGACGCCGAUCGUUCGACACAACGAGGCGCAAACGGCGCCAUCGAUACCUGUCAAUUCCUGGUACCAAUAUCUGUACGAAUACGAGACAGUCGAUUUGUCUACUUACACCGAGGAAAAGAUAGAGUCCUUGAAGGAUUUCUUGGAACGUUACACCGACGAGAUGUGCGACCAGGUUUUAAUGAACUCUACGUGGGAUAUAUAUACAAAUGAUUAUGCAAAUCUGGUGCGCAAUGAAAAGGACACGCAGGCACCGGUGCCCAUAGGUUACAAGGAGCACCAGAGCUAUUAUGACGGGAAGAUCAUUGCGGACAAAGUUAUCAACGAUCUCAGCUGGCAUCCAUUCUGGACCGGGACGGCGGUAGCCACUUACACGCAACAUGCGAAGAGCGAGCACCUAAUAGGCCCCAAAACUUACGACGAGGUAUCUUUAGCCUGCGAGGGCAACAAUCGGGUACUGAUAUGGUCCUUCACUGACUGUUUGUCACCUAAACUCAUCCUCGAAUGCCCGAGAGAAGUGACAUCCGUUUCCAUCGCCAUCUGGCACAUUCCCGGCAAAAUCGAGCAGGUGGAGACGGUGGUAGCGCAGACGGGUGCCCAAGUGAAGUACAGCAUCGCGAUGAGGAGCUUGAUGACAUGGAUGCGCGAGACGACGGCGACGUCGUUGAUCAGCCCGACGGCGAUGUCCGCCCUCAAGUACAGCCAGAAGGCGGGCAUCACCCAGAUAGUCUGGGUGCCCUCGCAUCACAAGGUCGACAAAAACGGCCGGAUCUCGUCCUUGUCGGAAGACGCGCCCCUGGACGACCUAAGCUGUCAGUUCGUAACCGCCAGCGAGGACGGCACGAUCGCCUUUUGGGAUCUUAAGUCGCGGCUCGCGGAGAAGAACAUUCGACAAGUUCGCAGACGGAAGAGGAAGAUUCACCCAGAUAUUCCGAAAUCCAAGGCGCAGCCCGCGUCGCCCUUCAAGAUCCUCGAUCGCGUCCUCAAGCCCGACUAUAUCCUCGUGAUUCAAUAUCCGGACGAGAGCCGGCAGGUCGUGAUAACGACUCUCAGCAUGUACAAUCCAAAGUUUCGCAAGGAACAAGUCGAGCCGUUCCCGGUGGUGAGGGACGACCUCACAAUUAGAAAGUACUACAAACCUAUAAUCGAGAAGACGGGCUGCGCCAUGGAGCCGAAGAUGCUCAUCGGCACCGCCGAAGGUGAUUUUGGUUGCAUAACGUGGACCGGCUACGAAUUCGCCACCGACGCGAGCGUAAAUCGCGAAACGGCGCGAUGGAUCUGGAUGAAGAGGAUGCACGAUGGACCGGUCACGCACUCGGUCAGAUCCAAUUACUACCAUCAGGUGGUGCUCACGGUGGGCGGUAAAAUCUUCGCCGUGUGGAGGGAUGAUUUCGGCGAGCCGCUCGUUUGGAACAAGUCCAACGUCGGAUACUCGGCGUGCUCGUGGGGGAUUAUACGUCCGACCGUUCUGAUUCUGGGACGAAUGGACGGCACCGUAGAAAUUUGGGACCUCAUAGUGAAGAGCCACGAGCCGAGCUUCGUGCAGAGUCUGUCCGGGCGGAUAAUUACGGGCGUCUACACGCACGAGCUGCCGCUGGAGCCGCAGUGUAUCGGAUUUUGCGACUUCAACGGCUCCUUAAGGACGUUCACGGCGCCGCGUGUCUUACUGACGUACGACGUGGGCGACGUCGAGUGGAUGAAAAAGUUCAUCGACCGACAGGUUCAAAGGGUGAGAAUAAGCGAGUUUCAAGCCUGGCAGGAAACGUGGCGCGAAGCAAAUCUCGAGGAUAUCGAAAUGAAGAAGGAGCUCGGUAAGAUGGAGGGUGAGAAAAAGCGUUUGGAGGCCGAGGAGAAGAUUAAAGCCGACACGGUCGAAGCGGCGGCUCGCGCGGCCACACCUACGAGAGCCGCGCGUCGGAAGCCCUGGCAGUUCCUCGAAGAAGCCAAGGAACGAUGGAUGUCAAUGGAAGUAAAGCGCAUGCAACGACUGAUCCUGGAGAAAAAGGGGCUCAGAAAAGACGUCCUCGAGAGGCAACGCGCGCCGGUUCUCAGGUUGCGGCAGGAGGCGAGGACAAAGAAGCGUAAGAUACGCGAGAUCUUGAAUCUGCAGGACAGGAUCUUUGAGGAAACCGUCGUGUUCCUCUUCCCGGAGCAGCAUCGGGAGCGCAGAGAAACUUUGUUGCCGCCUUUGCCAGUCUCUGCGGCCGACAGACGCUUAACGAUCGACGAGUUCAUUAAGAAGGAAACCGCUCCACGGAAAGAAGACGUCUUUGCCGAUCCCGAGGAAGAAAUUAUAUACAAUUUUCUGGAAGUGCAAGCCGAGGCUCUGGCCAAAUUAAAGAGCACGCCUUUCGAACGCACGUUCGACUGGCGCAAGGUACUUGCGCAGGGGAAGUCAAGGAGAAGAUCGAUGGACAUCGAACUCAAGAAGUUAAACAGGCCGAAGAAGACGUGCAAAGUGGACGGUGCUGUAAACGAUGCAUCACGUCUUGUCGGGAACGUAUAAAACACGUACAGAGAUACGUCUCUAUUUUACAUUCCGACUUGGG